AUGGCAUACUACGACCGUCACUACUACCCACCCCGCGAUCGCAACCCCCCUCCCUACCACGGCUCCAUGGACGUCGUCCCCGGCCGGAGUAGUCACGACUCCAUCCCCCGCAGCGAAUACCCUUCCAACCACGACUACUAUGGCUACAGCCACAGCAACGGCAGUGGUUACGGACAUGGCUACCCACCAACCCACUCACGCCAUCCGUCCCGCGUAGCCACCAUCCAGGAGGGUUCUCGUCGGCCGCACAGCGGUUACUACGAUGGGUACGAUGACCAUGGCCAUCACCGUCGACACCGUCACCAUCGCUCCAAGGAUGGUUAUUACGAUGACCGUGGUCGCUCGCGUCGGCAUCACAAGGCGCACUCUGUUUCGCCGUCCCCAAGCCGUGGCCGAUCUCGCAGCCGCGCCCGCGGCGGCAAGAAGAGCACCCGUAGCAAGAGCGAGGAGAAAAUGCAACAGGCCAUCCGUGCAGCUAUUACGGCUGGUGCUAUCGAGGCGUUCCGCGUCCGCAACGAACCUGGUGAAUGGAAAGGCGAAAAGGGAAAACGCAUCCUGACUGCUGCUAUCACGGCCGGUGGCGCGGAUGGACUCGUCGACAAGGACCCCCGCAAGCAUGAGAAGAGACAUAUCAUCGAGUCUACGCUGGCGGGUCUUGCUACGAACCAUUUUGUGAACGGACCACGGUCGAGAUCGAGGCCGCGGUCCCGUGAUGGCGGCCAUAGUCAUAGGCGCGGUCGCUCGAAGAGCCAUAACCGGGGAAAGGAACUUGCUGCGGCAGGACUAGUCGCUGCAGCGGGGAAGAAGGCGUAUGAUCAUUACCGAUCCAAGUCCCGGCCUCGUAAAGGUGGUGGCCGGUCCCCUACGCGAGACCGUGCAUACUCGGACGAAGAUGGAUACGAAAGCUAUGACGGAUCGCCCCGCCACUCUCGCGGCUCGAAAAGACGAAGCAAGAGUGUCUCCGAUUACAUCAACCAAGGCCUCGCCUCGUUAGGCCUCGAGGACUCGAAAGAAAGCGACACCAGCCACAGGGGCAGUGACAGGGACAGGGACCAUGAUCGGCGCCGUAGGCACCACCAUCACCGCCGUCGAUCAUCGCCCCCUCGUUCCGACGAUGGCUCGUAUUCCGACGAUAGCGGAACUGCAAGUGAUGAUUCCAGACGUCGAUAUAGGAGUCCCCCGAGACGGAGCCAUAAAGAGUACCGUUAA